GUACCUUACAAGAGUCAUGUUGGAACGGAAAAAGGCUUCCCCUAAAACCAUUUCAACUGGCCAAGAUGUCUUUGCGACAUAAAUAAUUGUAGUGAUAGUAUUUACUGCUGGUUUAGGACUUACAGUUAUGAUACAGCUUGCAGAAAUGCGACCCCGGAAACAACAUAGGGGCAAAAUAAGAUUAAGAUUUGAUUAUUGUUGAUCGAGGCACGACUCGGCCGCAACUGCAUCAGCUGCAGUUGACUUGGUGUCAACUGCUUUGCUGUCUAAAGAAGUGCAAAAACAUGACUUCAGCUAUGGGAAGUGCAACGACAUCCACACUAUGGCACAACUCAUCAUUCUGCUCACUACCAAACUGGAACUGCAUUCAGAACUUUCAUUUUCCCCAUAACUCAUCAAACAAAUGGAGCUGAAUUCCCAUCCCGUCUAAAAAAAAAAAAAAAAACACAGACCUACAGUAUACGCAACAACAACAAAAAAAAAACAUCAGACCAUCAUUUCAAAAUUGCUUGAGUGCCCCAAAUAGGUCUGUUUUGCUCUAAAUACAGUGAAUCACUAUGCUUGUAAAAGGCUGCAAAAUCAGAAAAUGUGAGAACAGACUCCGCAGGAGCAGCCAAGAAGGCUCACUUCCGAAACCCAGCCCUCAUCCAGCAACCCCAAUAAACCAGAUGCAGCUGGAUCGCCAGGAGAAGAACUGGGGGUGUUGAUCUUACACGGCCUUUAGGAAAACAAUAGAGAUACGCAAACAAACCAAAAAAUAAGACCCUGCACGCACGCAAAAGAUCUUUCGCUAAAUAUGUCGUAAAAAGUGAGCCGUUAACUUUUAUCGUCUUUCCUGCAUUGCCCACCAACCCAGCAGUUCCCGACUGUUUUACGCGCUUUUGGCCUGGCUUCUAUCGCUCGCCGCCACCUCCUCCAGUUGCUUCCCUAGCGAGAGCGCUGCGGCGACGCCUCCGCUUGGCCCGCCGCGCCACUUCCGGGCGCUGCGAUUGCACGCGGGAGUUGGGGGAUUGCAUCACCGCCUGCGGAGAGCCCACAGGAAUGGACGGCGAAAGGGGGAUGCGUGAGAGGUGCAAGGAAGGGCGCAUAUGGAGUUAAGGAGGACGAUUUGAGGGACUAGAGUUACAUUGAGAGUGCGUUUACAUCACGCAAGACGCAAUCUACACCAGAGGUGUCAAACUCCAGGCCCGGGGGCCAGAUGCGGCCCGCCACAUCAUUUCACGUGGCCCGCGAAAGCAAAUCAUGCUCGUCAACUUCCGUGAUUUCUGCUCAAACCUGUACCCAAAUUCCAAAUUGUCAUAACAACAAACAAUAAUGUUGAGAUGUUGCAUUUUUCGGUUACCAAACCCUUCUUCUACAGGAACUUAAAAAAUACUUGAACAAACUAUUAUCCUUGUCUUCUGAUUUCAAAAGUAGCUAUCCCUCAAUUUGUUGUGUAAUGGUAAUAAUAUGAUUUGGUGAUUAAACAUUUCACUAUUUUAACGGCCCUCUGAGGGAAAUCAUAACUACAGUGCAGCCCUAGACAAAAAUGAGUUUGACACCCCUGAUGUACACCAUGAACUAGUGACUAGCAGCGUUCACACUGCCGCUCAAAGCUGCGCUGUUCGAUGAGAAAGGUAAACGAUACGAAACGGAGGUUGAAGUCGACGUACGGAUUUCCCGGCUUCCGUCGGAGCCUGAACAGAAAGGAGAUGGUGAAAUGUGUAUAAAAGGAUCACAAUAGUACAGAGCAAUUUACUGUGUAUUUAUUGACCGAUACAGACUUGUCCCGUCGGUGUCAACAACAGAAAGUAUGCGUCAAACCGGAAAGAAAACAAAAACCACCGCUACAAAAAAAUGAAGAACGACAGAGGAAUUGAUGUCAUUUGUGUCGUACAUUUCCCGGGCACGAUUGUUCGAGUUGACAUAGUAUCACGUUAUUUCCAUAACUGACGCAGCCGUCACCAUGGGCGUAUACCCAUACGAAACGUUCGUGGCAAACUCAAGUGUGGCAAACCUUUACGGCUACUACCUGAGGGAAAAGGCAUUUUGGUGCCAAAGCGAGGCAUAUCCUGUGGAAAUUAGUAACAACAACACUGCCACCUACAGGAACCGAGUGGAACAUACCUACUUGAGCUUCAGGUCGCGUCGCGUCGCUCCGUUGGGCUGUCCAAAGUGAUGACCGUAAACGUUCACUUUGACCUUACUGGAAUUUAUAAACAACAUUGUCUCGCCGAAAGGUCCAGUGACGUUAUCACGAGAGUCGACAUGAGACCGCGCAGAGGUCGGAAAAACAUGGAUUAGAGCUUGUAAAUGUGACCGACAGUGAGGCCUCCCCCGCUGCGUCGGCCCACACCGCUAUGUCGUCAAAUGCCCCGCGCCACUGUAAGAUGACUCACCGCCCUUCAAAGCCCACAGUACCAUUGUGCGAAGCGCCUGAAGCGUAGUUCGUCCUCUGAGGAUUAUCUGUUGACCGCUGAUGUGUGUCACAACGCCGCAUUGUCGAGAGGAGCGUUUUAGUUGAUUAAAAACGUACGUUUCGAGUGCGGGGGAGGGGGAAGGUGAUUGAAAACUCCCUUGGCUGUCACUGAAGCUACAGAAGCCGUCAAAUAGCUGCUCGUCGGUUUACGUUGGAGAACAGCGGCGAUGUUACCCAAAUUUGAAACAUUGGUAACAUCGGAACAUGUCAUGCCUCGAGGACUUGCUUCUAGAUCAGCAGUAUCUUUACGUGUGUGGUGUUCUGUGUUGGGAUUAUCAGAGCACACCACACGCAGAACGACCAAAACUGUUUCCGGUUAAAUGUCACAUUUUUUAUGUUCAUGUGUGCGCUAUGUAGCAGAUUUAAAAAAAAAAAAAAAAAAAACAACCAAGAGUCGAGCCGGGUCACUGUGCUGUGCGGUAAUCCCGGGUUUACCAGGCCAUAAGGCUUACUGACACGAUGUGAAAUCUGAAGUCAGAUGGCUGUUUAUGGAUCGCUCGGGCAGUAAUCUCUCAGUACAGAUUGAGUGCAAGCCACAUCUGUGUCCGUAUGAGUGUUUGCCCUCCAAAUAAAGUCCACGCGGAGGUCGAUAAUGUGACCGAGGCUCCGUGGGGGGCAGACCUCCGCCACUUCACGCGAGCGGUGCAAAACUUGAUGGAACCUCAAAUCCCGGCUUGUAAAUGGGGCGCACGUAGGUCACCUGUAUUUUUUAAAUUCGUUUGUUUUUCAAUUCUUCUGAAGAGCGACAAUAUGGACACUAUAAUGAGAUCCAAUGCAAGAGCCUAAGAACCAAAAUGUAAGAAACAGCUCUCAGAUGACAGUUGAAGACUCUGAACUCGAAUUCCAACAUCCCGCUAACCGACAGAUAGCCUUGCUCAUUUAGCUGCCCGUCCUUGACAACAAACCGCAAGCAUGACUCGCCCUCCUCCCUCUUGACUCCCACCACCCAGCCUUCCUCCUGGCACCAAACACGCGCCCUCCAUCCCUCCAUCCCUCCCUCCCUCCAUGCCUCCCUCCCUCCCUCCUUCUCUGGAAUUCCUCCGUCUCUGAACGGCCUGGCGGGAGGCCAUCGGUAGCUUCCUGUUACUUGGUCGUGGCGCGCUCUCUUUUUUCCACUUCCCUUCUUUUUGCACGCUCUAAUUUCUUAAUGAUGCAUUUAUUUUCUAUUUGUUUGCUGUCAGAACGCAAGAAGCCAAAGUGUUUCAACCCCCUCAGCUACAGCCGUGCAACAACUGGAUUGUCCCUAAUAGCCUGUUGGCUCUCUGACCGCUGUAGUUGCAUAAUACUUUUUUCCACUUUGCACUGAUAGCAUGCAUCAAAAACUUGAUUAUUAAUUGUGAGUUCGUUUUCACAUCAUGUAGCAGAGAAACCUGAGAAGAGAAACGCAUGCUAAAAAAAAAAAAGAAGAAGAAAUGAGGAAACAAUGACAAGAAUAAAAAGGUAGUGGGAGAGAGCGGGCCAGGAGGACGAGUGGAAACUGAGGUUUCCUGUCUGGAAAGCUCUGAGCUGUGCGUGCUGCUCAUCCAUCAGCUGGGCGGAGGACAUCCGCAGACCGGGCCUCUCGUCUGAAUGAUUUGCGUUUUUAAAAGCCGGCCGUUAUUGGCGCUAGACGUGUGUGUUCGGUCCUCGUUCUAGCGUCCGCGGCUAUCAAACAUCCCCCACAAAAGAAAUUAGAUCAAUCAAUGAGAUCGUAAUCAUUCAUCAGAAUCAUUUUUGAUGGAGUCUGUACUAUUGCACAAUUAACUACGAAUGCUUGGUUGUAGUCAACCACAAUUGCUAACCGGGGGACAUAUGGAAAAUCAACUUUGACAUUUUUUAAACAUCUCCUGCUCCGGAGGGAAUCUUGAUCCUUUGUGUCACCUUUUAUUCAGAAACCUGGGAACCUUAUGAAUUGUACGAGAUUUUGAAUCUGUGGCAGUUUACCGCCACUCUCAUGAAGGAACGGAAACUGUUUUGCACGGCCUUAGCUGACAUUUUUGUUUCUGUUUCUUAACACUAAAAACACUCUAGCACUGUUCUGCAAUUGAAAAGCGAGUUUUGUUUUUGCAAAUUGUGACAGCCACAACGUUGACUUUUUGGUGAAGUUACAGUCAAGAAAGUUUUUGUCAGACCCAAAUUGUAGUCAAUCGGGUUAUGGUAUAUGAGAUCAUUGUUGGCUGAGUUGAUAUUAACUUUGAUCUGUUCUUUGAAUGCGCAUUGUCGGAUCGCACGAGAGGUGAUGACAUAAAUCUUCAGGAUCAAAUUGAAUAAAUUGGACCUUUUUUUUUUUUUCCUGUAGCAGGGUUGUGGCAUUUUGCAACAGUCUCAGCAGUUAACUGUCCCACACUGGCAAUUCUUCAAAGUCACGUGGAUCAAUUGUCGUAUCGUAAGAGUGUAAUCGUAUAGAGACCGGAUCGUAUCGUGUAAUCGUAUCAUCGUAAGAGACCACCUGAGCCCACCUCAAUCCCCGCGGGUCAAUCCAUAACACCAUGUAUGGAUAUUUUGCGCAAAUGUAUUUCGUUUAAAUGUAUGCAAUGUUUGAGGAUUUUGCUUAGGUUUAUGCAAAGUUUCUUGGGUAUCGAAUAAAUACAAACCAGACAAAACAAAUGUUGGCGUAGGGGACCGCUGUGAUUGGUGGAACUCCCCAGAACGCGGCGAUGUGGAAAAGUGGCGGUGAUCGGACGAAUUGAUGCUAUUGCGACAUCGCAAAUUUCUGCAGGGACCGCUCCACCAACCUCUAAAGAUGCUCGGGUCCGUCGCUAAUGCAGGGUGACGCAGGAUCAAGUGGGCCCACCUCCUCCGGGCCCUGGCGCAUCCUCACUUUGCCCCCCUCCCUUCCGCCUCUCUUACCGGCCAUCGCCCCUGUCCUCUCUCCGGCCGCUACACGCUGUGUUUACUCUGCCCCACAGCGCCAGGGCCCCGCUGAGGGGACAAUGCCGCCUUUCAGAAAGACUGUCGCCCCCACGGCCGAGCACGGAAGUCCACUUGGGGGCGGGGCGGGGGGGGGGUGACGUUCAACACCCCUUCCCCAAACUUAACAGCCACCCGCCAACUAGACAUGCACGCACGAGCGAGCUGUGCGUCUUCCUCUUGCUCCGCUGCUUAGUCUCUUUUUUUUUUCCCCUCAUAGACCCUCAGAUAAGUACCAAAAAAGAUCCAAAUACUGUGAAUCACUUCCCAACCAGUCCAAAUUCUGAAGAAUGUCCGGUGGUGGUAGCCGAGUCACCACAGGGAUAACAUUAAAAUACAGUAACUUAAUGCCCCUGACGAUGCUUGAUCGCAGUCAAAAAGUGUUAUAAAAAACAUUAAUGUUUAAAACUCAUCAAAACAUUGACUGUGCAUUUUUGUUUGUUUUCCUUGCAGUACUUGUUAAAAAGCAGAGAGCGGCCUCGACAAGGGAGGUUAAGAGAAGUUGUUUUCUGCAUCCUAUAAUAAUGACUUACACGCCGUGAAUGUAAAAAAACCAAAACCAAUCGGAUGAAAAGUGGCGAGUGUGUAUUCUUACGCCGCUGUCCAAACUAGUUCAUUGCACACACGACAUUUGGAACCACGUACAGUACGUCGCGUCUGUCGUAAAAACCCAGGAACCCCAGAAUACCCAAUAGUGAUUGAAUCUUGGAGGUCAGUUAUCUGUAUAUACAUUUUGUGUAAAACAUUUUCAUGAAUACUUGAACAACAAUUUGUAUUGUAGGUGUUGUUUGGCUUUCUUUCAGUGAGGAAGUUUGACAGCUUCUCUUUGUGGAUAUCAGUGAAAGCAUUCAUUUGCUGAAUCAUUCAGCCAACGGCUUCAUCAACUAAUUGUUUCAGUCGUCCAGUUUUCGGAUGGCUGGAAAAGAUGUCGACGUGUUUGAGACAGGAUGGAUUACAAUGCUUACAAGGAGGGAGGUUGCGUUUGUGUUUGCCCCCCCCCCCACAAAGGAUGAGAGUGGGAUUUGUAUAGAAAAGGUUAAGCUGAUCUGUGCUCUGCGCCUCUGGGUAAGGGGCUUACUCAUUUAGUGGAUGACAGGCGAUUUUCUGCUUCUUGAGCUGCAAUGUGAAGCCGCCGGGGUGGACGUGCGGCCGCAGUUACAGUGCGGUCAAGGUUGCGCACAUCCCGUGCACCGUUCACAGCAACAACCAAUAACAGCGAUCCCCCGCCUUCAAAAUUUGCCACUUUUAACCUCGAAAAUGCCGACCGGUCGCUGUCAUUCUUGGGUUGCGUUUACAGGUGUGCCAAAUGAAGUGGCCUGAGUGCGGAUCGCUCAAUCAGUAAUCAUCAUUCCUUUUUGGCUACGACUCUGCCCCUGCAGUUUUUGUGUGUCUAUGAAAGCGGUGGGCGUCCCUCAUCGGGCCAGCGAACCUGGCGACCCCCGUGCGCCGUACCUCCCAGACACAUGGCCCCCGGCCAGUGGAUCUCAAAGCCCCCCAUUCACCAGUGUAUUGCCGUGAGAGAGAGAGAGAGAGAGAGAGAGAGAGUGGGGGAAUUUGUUGAAAUUAAUGUUUAAUCAAUGACUGCGUGUGCUUCACUACACACUAGAUGCACAUUAGGCGUAAUCUACUGAAUACUGGACACUAUUAACUGUGCGUGUGUUAGCGUGUGCGCUCUGAAAAUGUGAAAGGGUUGAUUUUGAAAGUUAGCGGUUUACAUUACUAAACAGAAUCGUGGUCGAGCUAGCAAGUUUCCUUUUCGUCCUGGAACGGUUGGUUGUGUUUGUUGUCAUCUCUUCUUGGACUUUUCAGAAUGAUCACGGUAACUGAUGUUUAACACCAAAGGAGAAGAAUCAGAUGAAAUAAAGCGGCCGAAGUGCGACUCAAUUGCAGAAAUGUCUUUUGUUUUUGUUUUUGAAUUUGGACAUAUCAGAAAAUGCGGUGAGUAUUGCCUCCAUGUGGGUUCAUAUCCCAAUUGCCGUUUAUGUUAACAAAGCAACUGAUUGUGAGCCUUUUUUAAUGGUUGAAAUGACUUCCGCGAGCGGCGAUUUGCAUCGGCGAUGACGCCGGUGGUGGAACUCAGAGCGACAUCUCGAUGAAGUGUCCUGCCCACAACCCUCGGGCAGGGUCGAGAGGACAGUGGAAUUCCAGAUACAUUGAACCUGGUGUGGUCAUGCUCUCCCUGGACGAGCCCCUAGACCUAAAGCUCCCUCGCCGGACCAAUGGGCGGGACCGGGGGUCGCGCUCACCCCCCCUUUCGCCGCCGGUCCCCAAGCGGGCUCGCCAUCUCCGCAUGGCGGACGACGGCACCGCGGUCAUCGAUCCCGCCUCCCCGGCGUCCCCGCACACAGGUACGCAGGCCGUCCCCCACGACCGGACAGAUACCCCCACGCCCCCCGCGGUGGAUCUGAGCAUGUCUCCCUCCUCCCUUCGUCACACGCCCACCUCGCCUGAGAUGACCAAUGGCAACUACGCUCCCUCACUGAAUUCCCAGCUCUCACAAGCCUUUCAGUUUUUCGUGCCAAUCGGCGCCGGGGCGGGACUUCGCCUGCCGUCCUCCAUGUUCUUUGGCCAGACGAGCGACACAAGGGCCUCUCCCGACCUCUCGGCAGACGAACAACUGGCUUGCCGCUGGAAGAAGUGCCACCUGCUCUUUGACUCUCUUCAAGACCUGGUGGACCACGUCAACGACUUCCAUGUCAAGCCAGAGAAGGAGACAGGGUACUGCUGCCAUUGGGAGGGCUGCGCUCGCAAAGGGAGGGGGUUCAACGCCAGGUACAAGAUGCUCAUCCACAUCCGCACGCACACCAACGAGAAGCCUCAUCGCUGUCCCACCUGCAACAAGAGCUUCUCGCGCCUCGAGAACCUCAAGAUACACAACCGCUCGCACACAGGUGAAAAGCCCUACAUAUGUCCGUACGAGGGUUGCAACAAGCGCUACUCCAACUCAAGCGACCGCUUCAAACAUACGCGCACACACUAUGUGGACAAGCCCUACUACUGCAAGAUGGUGGGCUGCCUGAAGCGCUACACAGACCCCAGUUCUCUACGCAAGCACAUCAAGGCCCACGGCCAUUUUGUGGCUCAGGAGCAGGGCUCUCCGGGUGGGGUGGGGUCCUUGCUGAAGGGAAGUCAAAGCGGAGCUUUCGCUAGCGGGGGGGGUAAGGAUUCAAAGAUGUCCUAUGUGAGCGGGGCACACAUUAUCGUCCCUGGGCCGGGGGCUCUCCUGGGCGCCCACAGUCUACAGGGCGUGGGCGGAUCCCUUCCCCUGUCCCCCCUCAGUCCUCGGCCCCUGGACCUCAGCACAUUGGGUUGCCCUAGCUCCCCCCCAGGCGGCUUUGGAGGUGCUUCCGUCUUGUCAUUCAAUGGCUCCGCUCUAGGCCUGGCCAAGUCGUCUCUGCUCUCCACGGCGUUCGCCUCCUCAACCCUGUGCGUGCCCAUGGUGCCCGUGCUGGGGGCGGGUGCCGAGCGUAGGGCCCCGAGCCUGCGGGCCAAGAAAGGUCGAGGGGAGGAGGCUGAGAACCAGGUUACUGGGGGGGUGCUUAACCUUUCCACAGGAGGGUCUCAUGAUCCCUUGUCCUGGGUGGUCACCCCCCCAGGCACUGUGGUGCUCAAGCCAGCUGUGGUCAACUGAUACACACACACACACACACACACACAUUCCAGAAGAGCUCAGGGGGUCGGGAUGGGAGCGUGAACGUACAGGCGGUCCAGGCUGGCGAGGGGGGGGGGGGGGGAUCGGUUCACACAAUAGCUUCAAAGAGGAUAGAAUACGUACAACGAUAUGGAGACUUAGACGACACGACAUUUUAGGAGAGUUGUAGAACGCGGGCCUCUUUUGUUGUGCAGGGGCUCAAGAAUAUUUGUAUAACGCAGCCUGACCAGGGCUCCUCGUUUCUUGUUUGAUACUUUAUUCAUUCCUUGUUUGUCGGUUCUGUGGACGGAGCCCAUGUACGUGAUAGUCUUACAAAAGUCCUUCAGUUCUUUCCGGUAUUUAUAAAAGAUUAUCGACCGUGUGCCUCUAGCCAAGCAGUGAGAUAAUAGACGAACCCCACGAGGAAACACAAUGAUGCACUCUCAGCUGGGCAAAUGCGCACGUUGCUUUGUUUUUGAUCGUAUAACUUCCAGGCUUCUGUGUUUCAGACAAGCUUGCCGGACCAAAGCAAGUGAACGUAAAGCGUCUUAAACGGUUCGGUUACACACAGCACUUACCUGGUUAUAGUCACGAAACCUCAAAACUGCUGCUAACCUCUUGGUGUGACUGGGAGCUAGUCUCUUUUUUUUUUUUUGACAAUCUAUCCCCAUUUUGGGGAGGCCGACCAACGUGGACUAGCCCGGUCCAGCGUAAUGUCUUGCCAGGCAUUGCAGACCUGGAGCUUUUAGAGCAAUCCGAGGACAGACAAACGGUGUUACAUCACCUGGCAAAGACCAAUAAUGACUUCCUCUUUCGAAAAUGGAAGGCACGGCAGUUUUGGCUCCCCCCAGUGGCAGAAUGAGAAGCACAACAUCCCCAUUGGAUAGGAUUGGCACAACUUUUUUGCUCCUGGAUUGUCCAGCUGCUUUCCCGUAAUGGAAUCAACACGGCCAGUUUGUGUAUGAAAGGCCCACUGUGGUGUUAAACACUGCUGUCUUGUGUUUUCUUAAAGGGUGACCCGGCUGAAAACCAGCUGUGAAAAACAGAUGGCCGUCCACGAACUGCUUCACUUAGUCGGUGGAAGUUUUGUUCCGCGUUCAACAAACUGUGCCAAAAAUGUAAUGUAGGUAAAGUGAGAUGUACCCAUUGAGCCGGGGGGAGGGGGGGGGGGGGGGGUUUCCAAACACUCAGUGAAAAGUACAGCUGGACUGACAAUGAAGCCACACUUUAGCAAACUGCCUCAUUUGAAGAAAAAAAAAUAAAGUCUUAUUUUGGUUUGAUUAAGCAGUCGCCAUGCACUUAGCAUAGAUGCCAUUUCUUCUUCUACGUUUUAUGGAAUGUUACUGUCGAUUUUAGCUGUUGGGCGGGUGGGGCGCUAUCGAGUGCGCAAAACGGCUGAGGAGACACAUUGACCGUUUCCCUCAAGAGAUUUCCAUCUCCUCCUCCUUCCAUCUGUUCCAUCUGUGCCGGCGUCCACUUUUAGAUCAACCUUGUUGCCACCUUCCAUAUAUAUUUUAUCUGUAUGCGUUUGGACGAGACAUUCUUUUUCUGAUGUUGAAUUUGCUUCACUCGUUCCGUGUGAAAGCUGCUCUGACUUCAGCUUCUCUGCUGUCGUACGGCUGAGUCUUGAUGAGGUUGAAGAGGAGGAUGAGGUGGUGUGGGAUGCGCCUGUUGAUUUCCAGAGAAGAAAUGUUUGAAGUGCUUUGCAAGUGGACAAUGAAUUAGAUGAGUGCAGGCAAGUCAGAAUAGUGUAGGUUUUCAUCUUCAGUAGGGGCAAGGAAGUGGAUGCUGUAUCCCGAUUAGUCACCGGGAACAAAUAAAUGGCCCCUGAAAUAGACUUCUCCCUUCCCAAUCAGGGGAAAAGGUGUAAUGAUCUCAGUUCUUAAGUUUUUCUUGUCCAAGUGGCCGUUUAGGAGUUGCACUCUCUUCCUCCGGCUUAGAUAAGAGGAAAUACCGUGAUUACAAAUCAUUUGUGACCAGUCCUUCGGCUGAAGAGAAUCUCUCGGCAUGAGCAAUGUCAUCAGAAGCAGGUGCUAAGUAGGCGAGACGUUUCAGUUUCCAUGGCAACAGUGAAACCCACAGAUGUAGCGGUGGCUUUCCUCCUCCUCCUCCUCUUCUUCUUCUCGACUGUUUCCCCUCGGCAGGUAAAGCUGAGGACAGCCUCGGCUCGGCAGCAGAGAUCUGGAUGACGUGCGGCUCCUCGCAGGAUUUACACGGCGUCCGUACCAAAUAAGCUCCAUUCAUCAAUUUAACCCUUCGAGUUCUGUCUGUAAUAAAGUUGCACUUUUUGAUCCCGUCGUAGGUCGUGGGAGGCUCGUACAUCCCCUGUGUAGCGCUUCAUUCAUAGAGUCAUGUAUGUAAAAACAAAUUUAAUACAUUCUAAAAGCGGUACUUGCUCCAGGAGAUUUUAAACGACUCCAGUGGGAGUGAUGAUGUGUGUUCACAAGCUCGGUCAGUGUCAUUUGAAAAAGGGGUGUCAUUGACUGGAGUGCUGGUGUUGCACAAAGCGUUAGUAGAUAAGACGAAGGCCAGUCGAGGCCUGUUCCAAGUUCUUUUCUUUUUUUCUUUUUUUGCACAUUUAAAUCGAGAUAUAGUCCCCUCCAAAAGCGUUGGAACGGCUAGGUCAAUUCCCGUUUUUGUUCUAUACUGAAGACAUUUGGGUUUCAGAUCAAAAGAUGAAUAUGAGACAGAAGUUCUGAAUUCCAGCUUUUAUUUCGUGCCAUUUACACCGAGAUGUGUUAAACAACUCAGGACAGAGCACCUUUUGUUUCAAGCCACCCACUUUUCACGUGAGCAAAAGUAUUGGAACAUCUGACUGAUGGGUGUUUCUAGUUACUCAGGUGUUGCCUUUUAGAUUGAUCGCUUAAACAUUAGAUAGUGUUUCCUUUUGGCUUUGGGUUUCACCUGUGGAAACUGCAUUUGCUGUUAAGCAAACGAAGACCAGAGAGGAGUCUAUGGGAGAAAAGCAAACCAAGUGGAAGGUCUUAGACUGGCCAAGUCAAUCACCGGACCUUAACCCAAUAGAGCAUGCAUUUUACCUCCUGAAGAGGAGAGUGAAGGGAAAACCCCCCAGAAACAAACAAGAACUAAAAGAGGCUGCAAUAAAGGCCUGGAAAAGCAUUUCAAACGAAGAACGCAACAGUCUGGUGAAGUCAAUGGGUCGCAGGCUUGAUGCAGUUAUUGCAAGUAAGGGUUAUGCCACCAAAUAUUCAAUGUUAUUCACUUGAAGUUCCUUUAAUAAGGUCUGUUCCAAUACUUUUGCUCACUUGAAAAGUGGGUGGCUUGAAACAAAAGGUGCUCUGCCCUGAGUUAUUUGACACAACUCGAUGUAAAUACCAUGAAAUGAAGGCUGGAAUUCUUUUGUCUCAUAUUCAUCUUUUGAUCUGAAACCCAAAUGUCUUCAGUAUACAACAAAAACAAAGGAGCUGACCUUGCCGUUCCAAUACUUUUGGAGGGGACUGUAUUCUGUCAGUAUUUUCAUUUUUCCAAGUGCCUUUUUUACUAUACGUAAAAUAUAGAAGUUAAACAUUAUAUGGUGUUAAAGAAAGAGCAGAUUUUAUGAAAUAUAUUUUCUUGGUUUCAUGUUCUGUGGUCGAACAUGCAAUAAUUUUAGUUGUUAAUGUCUCCAAUUGCUACAACAUAGCAGAGUUCUCCUGCUUUAGAGGAAUUUUAUUACGAUGUUGGUAAUAAUGUCAAUGAAAAAAACUGUUUAAUAAAGUUGUGUUUGAUAUAAAA